AUGAAGAAGAAAACAAUUGAUUUGAAGAGUUUAUGGGAUAGAGCAGCAAAGACAAGAAAGGUAGAAUUAGGCUCUACAUCAAUUCCAGAACCAGUUACAGUAACAUCGGGGGCAGGGAGUGAGGCCCAACCUCAAGAUCCGGUUGUUCCAUCUAUUGUGCUGGUAACAAAUGAGAGUCAAGUUCGUAAUGAGAGCAGUCCAUCUGUUGACCAUGAUAAAGCAAGCAGAGAACCUGAGAUAGCUAGCAAUGACCCUAACACAACAGCCACAGAAGCAGUAGAACCGUCUACUUGGUCUCGUAUUAGAGAUGGUGAUGAUUCAGAAGAUGAAUCAAGUGAUGAAGCUAUUUAUGACAUUGACCUUCUAUCUCAUGAUCCUGGAAAAAGAAUUCCCAUCAAAAGAUAUAAUGCUAAUGAACGGAAUUCUGUGAUCAGGGCAUUCAUUGCAUUAGGUCCUUGUCAACCAUGGAAUCAUGAUUUUCCUAUAAGGUAUAUUGGAGGUAAACCUCGCCGCUUCUUGCCUGAUUGGUUUUAUGAAUUUAGAUGGCUAGAAUAUAGCGUAGAAAAAGAUGCUACAUUCUGCCUUGUUUGCUACUUGUUCAAGCAUAAACUCAAUAGUUCUGGUGGAGAUGCUUUUGUGAGUGGGGGGUUUAGAAAUUGGCAUAUGAAAAGCAAGAUUACUAGACAUUGUGGUUCUGUGAAUAGUUUUCAUAAUAUGGCUCAAGAGAGAUAUAAUUCUUUCAUUACACCUAAAAGAACAAUUGUUGACAAGUUUGCUGCAAUAAAUGACAAGGACAAAGCUCAGUAUAUGGCUCGUUUGUCGUACUCUAUUCAAUGUGCUAAGUAUCUUCUACGACAAGGUCUAGCUUCUCGUGGACAUGAUGAAAGUGAAGGUUCACUUAAUAAAGGAAAUUUCAAGGAGUUAUUAAAUAUGCUAGCUGAAAACUUUGAAGAGGUUGCUAAAGUGGUUUUGAAGAAUGCCCCAAAGAACUACCAGAUGACUGCCCCUGAAAUACAAAGACAAAUAGCUAAUUGUUGUGCCAAAGAAACAACUAAGCUUCUCAUGGAAGACCUUGGUAGUAAUUAUUUUGCAAUUCUUGCCGAUGAGUCUAGUGAUGUGUACCAAAAUGAACAACUAACUCUUUGUUUGCGGUAUGUUGACAAAAAGGGAAGGGUAGUUGAGAGGUUUUUAGGUGUUGUUCAUGUUGAGAACACUACUUCCUUGACACUUAAAACUGCAAUUGAGAAAUUAUUGAUGGAGCAUAAUUUGAGCUUGUCCAUGGUGCGUGGGCAAGGUUAUGAUGGAGCUAGUAACAUGAAGGGUCAUGCUAAUGGUCUAAAGAAACUCAUUAUGGAUGAAUGUCCAUCUGCUUACUAUGUUCAUUGUUUUGCACAUCAACUUCAGUUAACUCUUGUGGCAGUAGCUAAGGAAAACCCAGAUUGUGUUUGGUUCUUUGAUCAAGUUAGAAUUCUGUUGAACCUUAUUGGGAAUUCUUGUAAGAAGGCACAAAUGCUUCGAGAAGCACAAGCUCAGAGAAUUGUAGAAGCUCUAGAAUUGGAUGACAUUGAAACUGGAAAGGGUUUGAACCAAGAAAUGGGGUUAGGCCGACCUGGAGAUACUCGUUGGGGAUCUCACUACAAGACUGUUAUGCACCUUUUAUCUUUAUAUCCUGCAAUUCGGAAAGUCCUCGUGAAGGUUGGUGAUGAUCGCUCUCAAGGUGUUGAGUGUUCACAUGCACAAACAAUGUUGACAAUAUUUCGAUCAUAUGAGUUUGUUUUCAUGGCACACUUGAUGCAAACAGUACUUGGGUUCACAGCGGACUUAAAUUAUGCCUUGCAGAAGAAGGAUCAAGAUAUUGUCAAUGCAGUAGAACUCAUUUCCUUGACCAAGCUUCAAUUGCAUCAAUUGCGGGAGGAUCAAGGAUGGGAAGAUUUCCUCAAAGAAGUGGACUCAUUUUGUGUGAAGAAUAAAAUCAAAAUUCCUGACAUGGACAUAUUCUACAAGCCUGUAGGAAGAGAUAGAAGGUUCUUUGUCAAGAUCAAGAAUCUACAUCGUUUUCGUGUUGAUAUGUUCUUAAGCGUCAUUGAUAGGCAGCUUCUGGAGCUUAAUGAAAGGUUUGAUGAGGUAAACACAGAGUUGCUUAUUUGCAUGGCUUCAUUCAAUCCUAUUAAUUCAUUUGCUGCUUUUGACAAAGACAAAUUGGUUAAGCUUGCUGGAUUUUAUCCCAAUGAUUUCUCAGUCUUAGAGUUGAGACAUCUGCCCUCUUCACUUACUUUGUACAUCAAUGAUAUGCUUGCUGAUGAAAGGUUCAAAAAUGUGAGAACUCUUGCUGAGCUUUCUGUUAAGCUUGUUGAAACAAGCAAGUGUGAAAGACAUGAAGUUGUUUACAAGCUUCUCAAAUUGGUGCUAGUGCUUCCAGUAGCAACUGCAAGUGUUGAGAGAGCCUUUUCUGUCAUGAAUUAUGUGAAGAACAAAUUGAGAAAUAAAAUUGGAGAUCAAUACUUGAAUGAUUGCUUGGUUACAUUUAUUGAGCGGGAGUUCUUUCUACGAGUUAAAGACAAAGACAUUAUCAACCGCUUCCAAGCUAUGAAGGAUCGCAAAGUUAAAGGACGUUUAUAG